AUGGCAUCAGCUGCAGCAAAAAACUCCCACAUUUCUCUCAUCAUCAUUGUUCUCUUGUUAGGGUUAGCCACAUUGCCAGCUUCAGCUGAAGAAUGCGAGUCAAAAUACGCGGGAGGGUGCCACGAUAAGGAUCAAGCGCUGAAAUUGAAGAUCAUAGCCAUUUUCUGCAUAUUGGCAACCAGCAUGAUCGGGAUUUGCCUACCCAUAUUCUCACGCGCGGUCCCGGCGCUUAGACCCGACGGCGAACUCUUUGCUCUGGUUAAGGCCUUUGCCUCCGGCGUCAUUCUCGCCACCGGUUACAUGCACGUGAUGCCGGAUUCCUUUGAUGACCUCACAUCGCCGUGCUUGCCGGAUCGUCCAUGGCAUAAGUUUCCCUUCACCACCUUCGUCGCCAUGCUCUCCGCCGUUUUCACUCUCAUGGUUGAUUCAUUUUCCAUUAGUUACUUUAAGAAGAAGCUCUCUGUUUCCGGCACUGCCUUGGAAGCCGGCGGUGGUGGUGACGGUGGUGAGCAUAAGGAACUGCAACAGCCUGGAUUCGGACAUGGACAUCAACAUGUUGAGAAUGUGAAUGCAGAACAGUUGCUACGUUAUCGUGUCGUGGCUCAGGUGUUGGAGCUAGGGAUUGUGGUGCACUCGGUGGUGAUUGGUUUGUCAAUGGGAGCUUCUGAGAACCCAUGCACCAUCAGGCCUCUGAUUGCUGCACUUUGCUUCCAUCAACUCUUUGAGGGAAUGGGCUUAGGUGGUUGCAUACUUCAGGCUGAAUAUGGAUUCAAGGUGAAAGCUAUUAUGAUUUUCUUCUUCUCUGCCACAACCCCAUUUGGGAUCGCUUUGGGGAUUGGUUUGUCAAAUGUGUAUAGCGACACCAGUCCAACUUCUCUUAUUGUGGAGGGGAUUCUAAAUGCUGUAUCUGCAGGGCUUUUGAAUUAUAUGGCAUUGGUGGAUUUAUUGGCUUCUGAUUUUAUGGGGCCUAAGUUGCAAAGCAGAAUAAAGCUACAGAUUUUGUCUUAUGUUGCUGUAUUGCUAGGCGCAGGAGGCAUGUCAGUGAUGGCUAUAUGGGCAUAG